ACUUUUCUGUCGCUCUCCUCUGCGGCAGUCUCAGGAACAGCGUUGGCGAUUGGCGAUUGGCGAUUGGCGAUUCAUCUCUCCUGGUCAAAAGCACUCCCUCGAUGACGGACGUGCCCGUCCAGGAGAAAUCGGAAUUACCACCACCAUACAGUGCCCCCCCUCGGCCUCCUAAUUCUAAUAGCAUCUUCAAGAUGGCUGCCGGCCAUGCGAGAUACUUCAGAUACAUUCUGUUCGCCUUCUUUGGCCUAGCAGUUAUCUACUUCAUCUCGUCAUCGUCAAACGCAACACAGCGCCUUCCAACCGCACAAGAAAUUCUACGACAAGGAAAGGACUGGGCAAACUCCCACUCCGGUAAUGGCAAUAAGCCUUCAGAGGCAGUCAAUUCGGAACCUACGACUCCAAAUACCCCAAAUGGUUUUCCUCCCGCAUCAAGCACCGAGCCGCGAAUGAACGCCACGUUCGUUACACUCGCGCGCAACAGUGACCUCUGGGAGAUUGCACGCUCAAUCCGCCAGGUCGAGGAUCGUUUCAACAGAAAGUUCCACUACGACUGGGUUUUCCUGAACGAUGCUCCCUUCAAUGACGAGUUCAAGAAGCUUACCACCGCCCUGGUUUCGGGCGCCGCACACUAUGGAGAGAUUGCAAAGGAACACUGGUCGUUCCCUCCACACAUUGAUCAGGAUAAGGCCCGCAAGGUCCGCGAAGACAUGGCUGAGCGCAAGAUUAUCUACGGCGACUCGAUCAGUUACAGGCACAUGUGCCGCUUCGAGUCGGGCUUCUUCUUCCAGCAGCCGCUCAUGCUGAACUACGAGUGGUACUGGCGCGUGGAGCCAAGCAUUGAGCUCUUCUGUGACAUCAACUACGAUGCCUUCAAGUUCAUGGCUGACAAUAACAAGAAAUACUCCUUUGUUCUCAGCUUGUACGAGUACGUCGAGACGAUCCCGACGCUUUGGACUAGCGUCAAGAAGUUCAUGAAGAACCACCCCGAGCAUAUCGUGGAGGGUAACUCCAUGGGCUAUCUCAGUGAGGAUGGAGGAGAGACUUAUAACAACUGCCACAUGUGGUCCAACUUUGAGAUCGGCAACCUUAACUGGUUGAGAUCCAAGGCUUACACGGAUUACUUCAACACCUUGGAUCAAGAUGGAGGUUUCUUCUACGAGAGAUGGGGUGAUGCGCCUGUUCACUCCAUUGCAGCUGCUCUCAUGCUCAAAAAGGAGGAAAUCCAUUUCUUCAACGACAUCGCAUACUACCACGUGCCAUUCACUCACUGCCCCACUGGGGAGCAGACGAGAUUGGACCUUAAGUGCCACUGCAACCCUAAGGACAACUUUGACUGGAAGGGAUAUUCUUGCACAUCUAAAUUCUUCGAAGUUAACGGAAUCGCAAAGCCAGAGGGCUACGAGAAAGAAAUGAAUUAAGUCACCGACGCCUUUAUUUAAAGCGUCUGUAUAGUGUAAUUCAUAUGAUCUCAAACUGGGGGGUGGAGCGGAGAUGGGAGAUGUAGGAACGAACCUGGCGUUUUUGGGUGGGAAAUGGUUGAAGGGGCAGCAGUAACACUUGUAUACAUAAAGGAGACAUCCG